GUUCUGCAGGUAUUUUUUUUCCAUCAAAAGAUUACACCAUAUUAAUAAGAAAUUAUUUGGUGUUAUGUUUUGGAUGCAUAAACUUCAGGUCAAAAGAUUUGAUAAACCCUCUACUUUUUUUUGUUCUACAGCAUGGACAAGGAAUUUCCAGAGCAGUGAGGCACAUCGAAUCGAUGAUAAGGAUGUCUGAAGCCCAUCCAAGGAUGCAUCUUAGACAACAUAUUACUCAAGAAGAUGUAGAUAUGGCAAUUCAUGUCCUUCUGGAUUCAUUUAUAAAAGCAUUGCAAACGGCUAUUCCAACGGAGAAGAAUCUCAAAUUUCUCCUGCAAAAAAUGCGGAAACAAAGUGAUGUUAACAAUCUAGGAAGAAUUAUGUUGCUGAAGGUACUUCAAUUUUACAUCCUUAUAAAUGGUGAUUCAAUUCUUCAUGUUGGGCCCGUGCUAACACGGGCCAUGCCCCUCUAGUGUAUUUAUAUAUGGAAGAUAUGUUUUAUGAUAUAUGAUGAAUUAGUCCAGA